UUGAAAGCACUAUUAAUACACACUUAUUAUGUUAUCGCACUGACUUGUAACGGUCCAUAUGAUUUAGCCUAGCUUCGAGGGUGGAGGACGAGUUUCGAGAUGGGUUCGACAUCAGGGAGUAGUCAAACUAUAUUCAUACAUCAAAUAACAUUAUUAGUCUUAGGGAUUAUCUCGUUUUCUGCCUUAUCCGAGACGUGUACCUCGCCAAUGCUUGGUCUUGUUGAGGGCAACAUUCGCUUGGGACUCCUCUUUCCUUUUUCGGAGAAUGAAGAUGGGUUUUGUUCCAGCGAAUCGGUAGCAGAAAACAUAGCUUUUGUCGAAGCUGCCAUAUAUGCCGUCAAAAACUUGCCCGAAGCCGCACGUAUUCCUGGAGUGACUAUAGGUUUAGAAGCAUUUGAUUCAUGUUCAUCCCCUGCAGUAGGACUUCAGAGCGUGCUCAGUUACAUCGACAAUCCAUUAUACCAUCCGAAUGGAACGCUGUGCAGGGACGUCAUCUUAAGACCAGGUAUAAUUGGCCCGUUGUCUGAUGAUGUUGCUCAAGCGACGGCUCCUCUCCUCUCUUAUCAAAACAUUCCGAUGAUAUCCUACGAAACCACUUCUUCAAUACUAACAGAAAACAAUGAAAAACGCAGUUCAUUUUUAAGACUUUCUCCAUCGUACAAGACACAAGUUCAGGUAUUGGUAGACCUUCUUUGGAGUCUGAGAUGGGAGUACAUUGGGGUGAUGUACCCUGUCACGAUGGAGACCACAUUAGAAGAGCUGCAGACAAAAGCAAGUGACGCGGGAAUCUGUCUUGCUAAGAAAGUACGAAUUCCAUCUCAAUCUCCAGUACCUUACGUGGACGGAAUUAUAGAUAUAAUAGGCAAUUCUGAUAUAAAAGUUGUGGUUCUUCUGCUAGAAGAUGAUAUGAUGUUAACGUCUGUCAUGGAAGCCAUUAUGAGAGUUGGAGAUGCCGCGUCUGACCUCCACUGGGUCUCCAACAUAGAACCAACAUCACGACUCAUGGAUAUAUACCAAGAUGCCAUCAGAGGACUCAUAUCAAUUAAAUAUGUUCGAGAUAUUAAUGAUGAUUUCAAAACAUACUUGAGCUCACUCAACCCAAGUUUGGUGUCGCCCGAGGAGAACCCUUGGUUCGCCAAUGCUUGGGAAAUUAUUAAAGAAUGUGACUUAUCACAAGAUGGUCGCUAUGGGGUACCAUGCAACCUAUCCGCUACAUUGUCGUCAGAAUCAUUCGACAAGCAAGAUGUUUUGACUUCAAAUGUAAUUGAUGCCGUUUUUGUGUAUGCUGAGGCUUUAGCCCGUCUGCAUCAGGAACUGUGUGGAUCAUUCGUGGGAAUUUGUGAACGAUUUAGCUCAAAGGUUGGCGGGAGGCUACUAGAUGAAUUGUUAGUAGACGAGUUUACAGGCGCUCUAAACCAAACUAUUGUAUUCAAUGAUAAUGGGGGACCGAUGCAUGUCGACUUUGAAAUCGCAAAUAUACAUUUGUAUAAUAAUAGUAAUGCCACUAUUGUUAAGAUUGGUGCAUGGGACAGUGAUAGUACAAUUGAAUUAAAUACUGAGGUGAUACAACUGUGGACAUCUUCUGAGGAACUCCAAAACAUUCCAAUUUCAACAUGCCCAGAACCUUGUAAAGAUCCAGCGUGCUUCUCAUCAACUGGUUCCGCAGAGUCAUUUGCCACUGAUGGCGAUGUGGUUAUCGGUGGGAUGUUCUCGAUCCAUGACGUCGACUGCAUUGGCUUCAAAACAUUCGGGUUCCUCCGGAUGCAAGCGAUGUUGUACGCCAUUCAAAGUAUUAACGACGAUCCAACCAUUCUCCCGAAUGUGACUAUCGGUGCCGAAGCGUUUGAUACGUGUUCUGACACCGCUGUAACGGGAAAGCAAACGUUUAAAUUUGCCGCAAGCUUUCCAAGUACUGAUGAUGGUCUCUUCAUUAGCAAGGGAAAAAAUGGCAAGCGGCAGUAUGCAGUUGGUGUGAUUGGUUCCGACAGAAAUGACAUCACCGCCAACAUAAACCAACAUCUGACUGCCAUUGAGAUAGUUCAGAUUGGGUAUUCAUCGACACCGUCUAGCAAUGAACUGAUAAACUUUUAUCAUGUAGUACCUUCGACCGAAAGUCAAGCCAAUGUUAUCAUCGACAUUCUCAUUCGUGUGGAGUAUAAAUAUAUUCAAACAAUAGAAAGUAAAUAUGCAAAAGAAGCUGUGGAUACCCUGAAAUAUCUAUCCAGUCAGGUCGAUAUUUCUGUUGCAAACUCAAUUGUUGUAGAAGAAGACACAUCUUUUGAUAACGUCAUACACAGACUUCUGACUUAUCCGACAGCAAAUGUGAUCGUUGUAUUCUUAGAGGCUCCUCAGGUAAACCAGGUUCUUGAAGCCCUUGAUCGUGCAGGCUUACAGCAACAAUUCCAGAUCAUCGCGUCAGAUGAAUGGGGAUUGGAUACGUCAACCGUAGACGGUAUUGAGUCUGUCACUGAAAAUUCAAUAACCAUCAGUCCCAAAUCGAUGACAAUUCCCGGUUUUGAAUCGUAUUUCACUGGAUUACAACCAGAAAAUGCAGUAGAUCCAUGGUUCACCGAAUUCUGGAUGGAUCGAUACAAGUGCCAGUUACCAGGACAACCAAUCCUCUAUGACGAAUCGUGCUCAGGCUCGAAUGCGUUGAAUGCUUCCGAUGCACUAAGUAGUACAAUUGCUAGUGUUGUUGAUGCAGUGUACGUGAUUGCUAAUGCACUGGACUCACUGGUACGAGACAAGUGUCCUGAAGAGGGAAAUAUCUGCAGCGAUAUAGCGUCAGUAUCAAUAGACGAGUGGCUAUCGUAUGUCGAUGGAACUGCAUUUGAAAGCUCAAGAGGGUCGGGAGUCUCGAUUGACUUUGAUGACAACAGGGAAGUAGUGGCAGUGUAUGACGUGAAAAAAUACCAGGGACUUAAUUCAGAUUUUGGUUACCAAACUAUUGGUUCGUGGGAAGAAGGCACUGGGUUGGUUGGAUUAGAUGUUACAGAAUUUAAAAAGGUAGCAUCAGAAUGCCUUGACGAAAUGUUACCCUGCUCUGGACAAACCCCACAACUGUCGAUAAUAGAAGGAGACAUAACACUAAUUGCUUUAUUCUCCGCACAUAUGCCCGGGGAUUCUGCUCUGAGGUGUGGAGCCCUGAGUCUAGAGCAAGUUGUUGCCGUCGAGGCGUUGAACUAUGCACUUGAGGAAGUAAAUAAAGACAGCAACAUUUUACCGGAAUUGACGCUUGGUGCAACUAUUGCUGAUUAUUGUGGAAGCUCUUUACUGGCAUUGGAUCAAUUUGUGAACGUCGUCAGUAAUGCUACUCGAUACGGUCAAGACUUUGCUUUGGUUGGACCAGUAGAUACUGAAAUAGCCUCUACAGUAGUUCUAGAUGCCAUAACUCCACUAGGUUUCACGAUUGUCAGCCCAUCUGUUCUUGAAGGUGGUAGUGCAUCAUUGGCUCCAUAUCAUGUUCUUACCAAACCAUCACCACAACAAGUUGUUUCAACUUAUAUCGAGCUCGUUCAUUAUUUCGGUUGGACGUACAUAGCAAUCCUGUUUACAGACUCCGCUUCCUAUCGCUACCAGCAGGAAUUGUUCAUUAAGGAAUUACAAUCGAUGGACGUUUGUGUGGCAGUGACUAGCGUCAUGCCUGUAGGCGGCGACAGAUUGAAAAUGGAUGGACUUUUAUCUCAGAUUUCGACUACAGCUGGAGUAGGUGUUGCGUUUGCUUUCUUAUCUGACGAUCAUUUUUCUCUGCUACUGGAAAGCAAAACUGAAUUUGGAUCCAAUGUAGUCAAUAUAAUGUGGGUUGGAUCGUUUCCAAGCACACAGGAUCUUGCGACUUUCGAAAAUUCGAAUAUAGCUACUUUGUCUACCAGACAAUAUGAGUAUGAUCUUGCUGAAUUUCAGACGUAUCUGACGAACCUGAGCCCUGCCGAAGAUCAAAGUACUCUAAAUCCUUGGUUUCGAGAAUAUUUUGAGACAGUAGCUAAUUGUACGAUACAAAAUGAUUACAAGUCUUCCGUUCCUAUAUGUGAAGCAGGUUUGACAUUAGGAGGCGUUGACGAAUCACGCUUGCACAUAUCAAAUCUUGUUGCAGAUAUAAUCAAAUCAGUGUAUGCCAUAGCACAGGCAGCACACGAUAGAUUAUCUUCCCUCUGUGUGAAGAAUUCUGACAAAAUAUGCCGUCAAUUCACAGAACAUGAUCCAAUUGGAAUAUACAAUGCGAUUGCAAAUGUUGAAAUCCACCCAUCUAUGAGUGAUGAACCUAUUCAGUUUAAAAAUGGAAUAGUUAAUGAAAAGAUUAUUAUUGUUAAUCAAAUAGGUGGCCAGGAUGCAAAAGAAGUACAGGUUGGAAACUUUUUUUCUGGAACAUUGACUUUAGAUGGCACUAACAUCAAGUCCUACGACGUCAAUGGGAAUAUACAACAGGGUGUGAGAUCGUCCAAAUGCCCAAUUGAUAGCUGCACAUGCAACACGUCACCAGACACCAAAGCAAACGAACCCAGUGGAAGUGAGACGCUGGAAUGGAAUGUUGAGGGAUACUGGGUAACGAUAGUCCUUACCACUUCAGGGACGUGCUCCGUGCUGAUGUUGUUACUUGCGAGCUAUUUUAUUUACCACAGAAAACACAAAGUGGUUGUAGACGCCUCUCUUAGUCUCAGUCUUUUGUUAAUUAUUGGAUUGGUACUUAUGUACGCCAUGAACUUAGCAUUCAUGGUCACGCCUACAGUGAUUAUAUGUGGUGUCCGGCGAGUGGGCGUCAGUCUUGUUUAUGGCAUCGUCUUUUCUGCUCUGUCGGUAAAAAUAAUCAGGAUUAAUAGACUCCGUCGUCGACUAGUUCCCGAGGAACCCAUAGGAUUCACCGGGGGAUCGUCACAGACAUUUUUCUUCUUCGUGUUCUUAAUGGCAGAUAUUGUUUUGGUUGUCGAAUGGUUGAUCCUCGAGAACCCUUCAACUAUUUUAAAUCCAAGUAAUCAAAUACAAUGCUCUUUUGAUAAAGUUGACUUAGUUGUGUCUUUAACUUACGCAUAUAAUUUGAUCGUAUUUGCAUUGAUAGUGUCUUCCACAGCUUUGAAUUCGUCAAGUAUUAAUUGUGAAGGGAGAUAUAUUUUCCUUGCUUGUCUGUCCACCAUCUGCUGCGUUAUCACGUGGACGUGUGUGUACGUAUUUGCAAAUGACACGGAACUAUACGAGAUACCGAGUGUUUGUGUUGGACUGACAGUAAAUGCAACACUUAUACUUGUGGCAAUUUUGUUCCCAAAACUUUAUGCCCUAUCUGAUGCGUUAUACUUAGAAAAAUCACCAAAGAACCCUCCAAGAAAUGCUAAGAUGGGCCAGGCAUAUGCAAACACAGCACUUCAUACGAACGAAGAAGAAGCACUUACAACUCUUUAAGUGAUAUAUCGCAUAUCAACUUGAUUGGAAUUAUUACUGUAAAUUAAUAUUGCUUCCCUCACUUUUGGUCACUUUUGGACUUAAAUGUCCAGACAGCAUGCUGGUCGAUAUUCCAUAUUGAAUUAUAAAAAUCGUCGAUCAUGAUUUCCGCUUGAGGAAAAAAAAAUAGAUAUGAAUACAUGUAAUAUGGGUUUCAUACUAUAACAAUAAUUGCGAAAGGCAGUAUCAAAAGGAUGUUUACAGAUUGACCAUUUUUGACUAGAUACACUUCAGUGAGCGGUAAAAGUUUGUUUCAGAACAGAGAUGGUGUAUGACGACGACCGUACGAAGCAAUGGACGUGUUCCUGACUUUAAGGAUAUAGUAAAAACUUUAUAAAUAUUAAGUGAAUAUUAAAAUUUAAUGUCUUUUUGGAUAUAUUUUAUCCUUUAAAGAGAGCAAAUCAUGCCAGUCAUGUCAUGCCAAGUACAGUAAAUCUCGAAAUGAAGCACUGGGCUGCUUUUUUUUGUGAACUUUGGAUGAGCUUCUUUUCGAGAUGGGAUUCUUUUCGAGGCUACUUUAAGUAACCUCGUUCUUUUCUAAGUUUUAGAAAUUUGUACUAUAAAACAAUAAAUAAGGCCACUGUAACAUCAAUCUGCAGGGGCGGAUCCAGCCCGGUAAGAAAGAGGGGGCGUGAAUAGAAAACUGAGUGAAAGUCUCAGGAGAGAGCUCUGGUAGGGUGCAAGGGGAAAAUCCCCCUUAGACCUCUAGCACCACAAUUAAUUUAUGUUUGAAUUUGAUUGAUUUUUAAUAUUUAGCAUGGCAAUUUUCUGAUAAGCUUUACAAAUUACUUUUUACAAAAAAAUAAGGGUGGCGUACGCCCCUUACGCUCCCUCUAAAUCCGCCACUGAAUCUGUAUCAUGGAGUGUAUUAACUGGCAUUACAUCACCUAAACUAUUGUAUAAACCAAGCCUGUUUUUAAUUUAUUUUUUUAUUAUUUUUUAAAAAUUCAUUUAGAGAAUGUAUUUCGAACAGAAGCCUAUGCUAUCGUGAAAAGAAGCCGAUGGGAUGGGCUUCUUUUCGAGGAUAAUUUUGCAAACUAAGAAGGGAGCUUCAAUUCGGGUUGGGCUUCUCGAUAUUAAGCCCACUGGGCUUCAAUUCGAGGUUCUUCGGUUCUAUAAAGGACGGGUUUGAAAUUUUUGUCCCGAUUCUAAAUUCUACAAGAGAGUGUAUAUUUGGUUUAUAUUCGGAAAGUGUCCUGUAAAAUAAUAAUAAACAACACUAAUGAUUUGUUUUACUUGCUGUAAACACCAGCAAUAAUAUAUUUUAGAGAUUGAAUGUAUUUGAAGUGUUGACUAGGUAAAAUGGGAUAAUAUUGGGGGAAAUGCUCUACUGUCAUAAUAGGCAGUUCAAUAGGCUUAUUUUAAUUAAAUUAGGCCUACCUGUUAAUAUUUUGUGUUUUCAUAUUGUUAUUAUUUAUAAAUCUGCAUAAAAUUCUAUAUAAAGUUA